CUAACCACACUCAAAAUUCGAGAAGAACAGUCAAUCACAGGCAAGCUUCGGUUAAUUUACUUCUCGUCAACUUGAACCCAUCAAUUUACCCAGCCAACAUCUGUAUUAGAUGUAUUAGUUUUAUUCUUGGACUCAAACCUAAUACAACAUAUUAAGUGCAAUGGCAAGAAAUAAACUGAAGGAUAUUUGGACAAUCAAAUGGGUACACUGGGGGUGCAAAUUUGGACUGUAUUGACCACCUAAUCUCUCUGUGGCCUCCAUAACUUGUUUCCUUGCUUCUGCAAAAUAGGAGUAUCAGAAUACCAAGGCCCCCAAAGAAGCUCCUAGAAAAAAGAUGGAAGACUAAAAUCAUUUGCACAAAAAAUAGAAUAGAGAGUUUGAUCACAGAAAGAAAACCAACAGUUCGACAGCUCAAGUUCAAUUCCAGAUUUCCAUGGGAGAUCGAUCCAGCAAGAUGGUGGUGAAUAAGCAGGGAGCAAAGACUCAUGUACUAGCAAAAUUUCUUCUCAAUUUAUAUGAAAGGCCAUACCUUUGGAGAGACCAGUGACACAAAUGGUGAGACCGGCGAACGGAGCAUUUUGGGGAACAGCCAUUCCAGAGCCAGCAGAGGAGGCAACAGGAAGCAUUGAAUCGAAGGAUUGCAAACCUCUGAAUGAAGGCAUGGAAUUGGAGGAAGAAGAAAAGGAAGAGAAUCCCAUUCCAAGGAAAAGCCUGGAACACCCUUUGCUAUCAAUGACUGGGACCCUACCGAACCCAGUGCCGCCGCCAGUUUCUCCUCCAACCAUAUUUGCCGGUGUCCAGAGCUGAAGGCUCGACGACCAUGAUAGUCAAAACAAAUGGGGAAGGAAAAAGCACAACCGAAACCUCAAGAAAUCCAUGACAGAAGAAGCAGCAGGAAGAACGGGGGGAAAGAAGAGAAAGGGAGGGGCGCAAAUUUUGUAGGCGGGAAACCUAGUGAUGAUGUUUAGUGAGUUGAACCGAAAGAGAGGAAAAGUGGGAUUUUUCACGCUUGCCCAAUUGAAUUUGCGGGCGAAAGGAAAAGUGGGUAGGAGGAGGGAGAGGGGAAAGCGAAAGCCAGUCAAAACAAAAGCAAUACCCAGCAAAGCAAAAGGGAUGGCGAAGGAGAAGAACACAGGGGCUUGAUUGUCUAGGGCAGGAGAAGAAGAAGUUCAACGCUUUUGUGGAUGGAGAGAAGGGACAAGUUGAGAAAUUUGGGGGAGAAGAGAUCGUGUCCUGAUGUUUGAGAUUUUUUUGAACGUAGCGCCCAGCUCUCUCCGUCUUGCUGGUUGCUGCUGGCAGAGAGAGAGAGAGAGAGCAGAUGGGAUAUGUUUUUGCUUUUCGUUUUCCGCUGGCUUUAUCGGGUGGAGGAGACGAGCAAAACGGGAAUCUCACUGCAUCAGAGUUCUUUCGAAGGCAGCUUUGCUUGAAUCAAAUCAACUCAAGUGCGGGAGUGGGGAAGGGAAGGAAGGUAGGAUCACAGACAAAGCACAGCAGCAGGGAGGAACUUUGGUAGUUAAAAGCAGCGGAAAAGCAAGGCAAGGGAGCACGGGUCCAGUUUUCCCCUUUUUCAAACUUAGCUUUGCUUGGUACUUCAAUUCCCAUCACUGCUGCGGCUACCAUUAAUCCAUUAUUAUACUUCAAAUUGAAAACGAAUGGAUAAUAGCAUUUUGUAUCUCCUAAUAAAUUAACAAUGGUAAA